UCAUAACUCGGCAGUAGAGCAAGUGAACACCGAUGUUACAGGAUGCUUUAUAGGAGCAUAUAUGAAUAAAACACCUCAAUAAAGGAUCUAUGUUUAUGGUCAAGAACGGAACGAUGGAAUCGAUAUUUACUGCUUUAAUUGUGGCAUGCUCCGGUUUCUUCCCGGUUUUUGCUGGAGAGUUGUGCACCAAAGCCCCUGAGUUUAAGCCCAGUGGGAAGCAACCUCAGCUACGGGAGACACUGGGCUCAACGGCAUUCCUGAACUGUACCGCCCUCGUAUCCUGGGGACCCCAGGAUCAACCCUGUGACGCUGUCGUGUCCUGGAGCAAAGAUGGCGGCAUUCUUUCAAAUCAUAGCCUGCACCCUCGGAAUCUCUCCAAAUGGCUUGUGAGCCCCACUCAGCAGAUACUGAACAGUGUGCUGGAGGUGAGGCUGAGGGAGGAGGAGGACUUUGGGCUGUACACCUGCAGAGUGGGAAAUGCCUCGACCGACUUCAGUCUGCACAAUAUAAACCGCCCCAGCCACACAGCUGCAUUGAUAGCUUCCAUCAUUCUCCUGCUUAUCCUCACCACCUCCUCUAUAUUGUACUCCACAUGCCACCUCAACAUCCAACUCUGGUACAGAAAUAAAUAUGGGGACUAUGAGAUCAAUGAUGGCAAGAUAUAUGAUGCUUACAUCUCUUACGUAAACAAUGAUAACGACAGGAAAUUUGUCAACUUCAUCCUCAAACCUCACUUGGAGAAUAAGCACGGGUACAAACUGCACCUCAACAACAACGACAUCCUGCCUGGUUCAGAGCCGUCCGCAGAGCUGUUGAUGAAUGUGAGCCGCUGCCGGCGGCUAAUCCUGGUGCUCUCUCACCCUUACCUGGAACAGGACUGGUGCUCCAGCAACUUCAGACAGAGCCUUCUGCACGUGUUGGAGCUGUCCCAGCGGCUCAUCGUCAUCAUGUUUGAGGGCCAAUCCAAACACAUGAGCAAGGAGAUCAUUUUUCUGCUCAAGGAGCACGAGAAGCACCUCACCGUGCUAACAUGGAGCAACUACUCAAUUACCCCAUCCUCAGUGUUCUGGAAGAAGCUGGCCCUGGCCAUGCCCCGCAGCGUAGUCCUCCACAGUCACGCCGCUGGAGACCCUCAGACCCUGCUCCAGGACGACAAGGACCCCAUGCUGACCCUGAACCCAGACCACCUGGAGUACAGCCCAGACCCAGACCCCUCAGGAGACCUAGGUGUGCGCUUGCCUGUAUGCAGGGCGCUAACUUCCAGAGCCCCCAAUCUUCCCGCUGCUCCUGCACCAGCGACUAAAGCUAGUCAGUCAGACAUCGACGUGUCAGACUUGGGCUCUCAUAACUAUGGAUCCCCCACGGAAUUCUACCGCCUGGUUACAGACGAGUACGUGUAACCUGGACAACCCCCGAUGAUCUGAACUCCAGGCUCAGUCACUCACAGAGCGCUGUGGGAUCAACAGCUGUGUCAUCUCUCUCACAGUUUCCAAGUUAAAAGGUGUUACUGUAUUUUAAAUGUUAUUGACAUUUGAACAAUUCUGUUAUUUUUACUAGACGUUCCUUUUAUAUUUCAAUAAUCCAUAUACAAAUUUCCAUUUAUCAUAAUUGUUGCAAGUGCUAUAGUGCUUUGAUUUUAAAGCCAUUGAUUGUUAUUGUUAAUAAUUGGUCAAUUUUUAUCAGAUUUCAUAUGGUUCCGACAUCUUCAGAUGUAAAAGACACAUUUGAUAUCCCCCCCAGAAAUAUCUUGCCGAAAUUGUACAUAAGAGCUCAAACUUUACUCAGUUGUUCCCGUUCUACUCCAGCAGAGGGCUGAAUUGAGUCAGAUGUCUCAUGCAAAUAUGCCUUAUUCAACAAUGGAUUAUAUCAAUAGAAUAACAUGUUUCUUAUUCUUGUCCAUAUCAUAUAUCUUUGUGUUGUCAGUAUGAUAUGAAUGUGUAUGACUGUGUAAAGAAGAUAAAAAAAGAAAAUAAAUUGAGAUUAUACAUUCUUUCAUAGCUUUGUUGUGAACAUUGUAUUGUUCUUGGUUCAAACUGAAACCUGUCUGGUGACAAGGCAAGACAUGAACUCCGCCCUGUAUGAAGGAGGGUGUGUCGGGCAAAAGCCUGUAUGAAUCCUGUCUGGGCAGAGGCAGGUAGGAAACAGGGAGGGACAAACAGGGUUACAAAGCCUAAGGCACCGUCUAUGUUCAUACUUUGCAUGUUUAUUGAAACGUAUGCAUUUUACAUCGACAGUUACCUAAUAAAAAGUACAUCCAAAUCAUAAAAAAUGUAUUCCAUCCACAUGCACACAUACGUACGUCAUAGAUGUGACGUUAGGAGCAGAAGGGAUGCAUAUUUUUAGUGUGAUGAAAUAACUAAUAACAGGCACUGCAUUGCAAUACCAAAGUUAAUGUAUGACAUUACAACAUCAGCCUGGAUUACAUUUCAUACAGUUUUUGACUGUAUUAACUAAUUUAUUGUUUAACAUUUCUACAAAAUAUGUACUGCAGCAGGCCCUGAAAGGGGAUCUAUAUUCAAUAAUAAACUCCAUCCAAUACUUGAAAAGAAA